AUGAGAGACGGGCAUUGGCUCGAAAAGAAUAACUUUUUCGUGGGAAGAAGGGUGGGCACCUCCGAAGACAAGACCCUCGAAGCGGAUGCGCUUUUACAAAGAGCACUGACCCAGGAGCCCUUGGGCUAUGCUCACUCGCUAGCUACGCAAGAACUAAAGCAUUUUGUCCCAUUCGAUCUGCCGAAUGCUGAGGGCUACGAGUCACUGGACAUGGCCCGUGACGCUAUCGCUCUUGCUACUGCCCGCAGUCUCCACAUGAGAGAAGAACUCGUCCUCUUCGACCACGGUACACGUGUCACUACAUGGAUCGAUAGCACUCUUGAGAAUUAUGCUCUAACAUAUACACUAGCUGGAAAGACAUGGUUUGGAAAGUACGAAAAGAGUGAAAUGUCUCUCGAGGUCCGGAAAGGCAAAGAUCCUCAUCUGUUCCUGGUAGAUAUCACGCUGAUGUCCGCCGCCAAUGCGGAGCUCGCCAGGGUCGCUCCCCACGAAGUGGACAAGUCCCGCAUCGAGAGCCGCAUACGGAAGCGGCGGCUGCCGGAAGGAAGAUCAUUUCUGGUUCAUUAA